AGAAGCACUGCCCCUUGUGAGAGAGACUCCUGACUGCCGGGGUGAUUCCUCCGGUUACCACGGGCUGCUUCCUACUGUACCCUUCCGUGUGCUGCCAGGAAAACUACUUUACAACCUCUGGAUACAUCAUCAACCACGGAGAAUGAUUCCGCCACCGAUGAAAGGUUGAUGUUUCCUCGCCAGCCUCCUGACCGAUCCCCCGCAGCUCGGUGAGAGAGCGAACCGGGUUCUGCUGCGUCUGCCAGCGGUCGAGCAGAGCAGCCGCCCUGUUGCCUGGAGCCCCGUGGUCUCGGCAGGACCGCAUCGCCAUGGAUACCGAGUCCACCUACUCGGGCUAUUCCCACUACUCGGGGCGCUCCCGGGGAUCCCACAGGCACGGGGAGCGAAGCCGAGACCGGCACAAAUCUCGGAACAAAGACAGUCGCUCGGAAAAAUCCGUCACGAUCAACACGCCGCCAGCAGAGCCACUACUGGGCGACUCAACUGCUCGAAGUGAGCAGGCUCAGGAUGACAACUGGGGCGAGACCACGACGGCCAUUACUGGCACAUCGGAGCACAGCCUCUCCCAGGAGGAUAUUGUUCGCAUCACCAAGGACCUUGAGGACAGCGUGGGGCUCGACUGCCGCCGAUACUUCGCCCGGACCAUCGCUGUGAUCCUGGGCCUGCUGGUGUUCCUCACACCGCUGGCCUUCCUCACACUGCCACGCAUCCUGUGGCCGGAGAAGCUGCAGAGCUGCGGGACGGCCUGCGAGGGCCUCUUCAUCUCCGUGGCCUUCAAGCUGCUCAUCCUGCUGCUGGCCGUCUGGGCGCUCUUCUUCAGGCCGCCACGGGCCGGACUCCCGCGCGUCUUUGUUUUCCAGGUUCUCCUGGCCGUGUUGGUGUUCCUCCUUGUCGUCUCCUACUGGCUCUUUUACAGUGUCCGGAUUCUUGACGCUCAGGACCAAAACUACCAGGGCGUGGUCCAGUACGCCGUGUCCCUGGUGGACGCGCUGCUCUUCAUUCACUACCUGGCCGUCGUCCUGCUGGAGCUCCGGCAGCUCCAGCCGUGCUUCUCCGUGUGCGUCACGCGCUCCACGGACGGCGCCACGAGGCACUACAACCUGGGCCAGCUCAGUAUUCAGCGGGCAGCUCUAGCCGUCGUAGAGCACUACUACAGUGACUUCCCGAUCCACAACCCAGCGCUGCUUUCUGCCUCCAAGUCCCGCGCCGCUAAGCACCUGGCUGGCCUCAAGGUCUACAACGUGGACGGUGAGCAAAUGGAUCAGAAUUCAAGUACGGGGCUUGUCCAGUCCCAGUCCAGAGCCAUGAUCGCGGCCGCAGCCCGACGCCGGGACACCAGCCACAACGAGUUGUACUACGAAGAGGCUGAGCAUGAGCGGCGAGUCCGCAAACGUAAAGCACGACUGGUGGUGGCGGUAGAGGAAGCCUUCACCCAUGUCAAGCGCAUGCAGGACGAGGAGCAGAAAAAGGCUCCCGGCGACGUGAUGGACCCACGCGAGGCGGCGCAGGCCAUCUUUCCCUCCAUGGCUCGGGCCCUGCAGAAGUACCUGAGGACCACCAAGCAGCAACACUGCCACAGCAUGGAGAGCAUCCAACAGCACCUGGCCUUCUGCAUCACCAACAACAUGACGCCCAAGGCGUUCCUGGAGAGCUACCUGACACCGGGUCCCAGCUUGCAGUACAGCCGGGACCAUUGGCGAGCCCGCCAGUGGACGCUCGUCAGUGAGGCGUCGGUCACCAGUGGUGUGAAGGAUGGAACCAUCUUCCUACUCAAGUGCGUGGACUUCAGCUUGGUAGUGACGUUCAAGAAGAUCCCCUACAUCCAGAUGUCCGAGGAGUACAUCGACCCCAAAUCUCACAAGUUUGUCCUGCGACUCCAGUCCGAAACCUCUGUGUAGGACGCCAAACACUUUCUAAAUUCCUCACAAGGUCUUGGUUUGAAGCUUUUAUUUGUACUUUUCUUUUUAAGAAACCUAUACAGACGUCUUUAUCGCACACACAUCUGGAUUUAUGGAUAUUUUUAUGUUCCACUUCGAUCAAAAAGAAGAAACGUCGUCAUGUGCACAAAUCCUGUUUGUGUGUCGUUUUUGGUGUCGGCACAUUCACUCGUUGCGUUCUGAGGUUUGGGACGCGUAAGCCAAACGAGUUUGAGAUAAAGGCACAUUUUGAAGUCACCACAGAAGACGGACAAAUCUUUACC